AUGGCUCGUCAAUUCUUUGUUGGAGGUAACUUCAAAGCUAACGGAACCAAGAAACAGGUGACUCAAAUCAUUGACAAUUUAAACUCACAGGAAUUGCCCAAGGAAGUCGAAGUUGUCAUUGCUCCUCCAUCAUUGUACAUUGACUUGGCAGUCAAGGAAAACAAGCAACCUACAGUUCAAGUUGGUGCUCAAAACGUGUUCAACAAGCCCCCUGGGGCAUACACCGGUGAAUUGACCGCUGAGCAAAUCCUCGAUGUCGGUGCUACCUGGACUUUGACCGGUCACUCGGAAAGAAGAACCAUCAUCAAGGAAAGCGAUGAGUUCAUCGCUGAAAAGACCAAAUACGCUUUGGACAAUGGCUUGAAAGUCAUCUUGUGUAUCGGUGAGACCUUGGACGAGAGAAAAUCUGACGUGACUUUACAAGUUUGCGCUAGGCAAUUGGAUGCUGUUUCCAAGAUUGUUUCCGACUGGAAAAACAUUGUUGUUGCUUACGAGCCCGUCUGGGCCAUUGGCACUGGUUUAGCUGCUACUCCCGAUGACGCACAAGAGACCCACAAGGGAAUCAGAGAGCACUUGGCCAAGACCAUUGGCAAAGAGCAGGCUGAAGCUACUAGAAUCUUGUACGGCGGUUCCGUUAACGGCAAGAAUGCUCCUGACUUCCGGGACAAGGCUGACAUUGACGGAUUCUUGGUUGGUGGUGCUUCUUUGAAACCCGAGUUUGUUGACAUCAUCAAGUCUAGAUUGUAA